CACGGAUAAUCUCCUGGAGUCGUUCGAUCCUUAUCUUUUCAAAUAGUCGCCUUCAUUACAAGUUACAAAUGAUACAACAUGAAGUACUGGGCACAUUCCAUGUAAAUAUUAAAUUGCGAAUAAACAAAAUAUAAUGUAAAAAUUUCAUUGAUUUUAACAACUAUUUUUUGCAAGAUCGCUAGAUUUUUAAAGAAAAUGGAUUUGCUUGGCUCUAUAUUAAGCAAUAUGGAUGCUCCUCCAACGUCCAAAGUCGACAAAGCGAGGCAAAAAAGCUUAAAAGGUAAUGAAUCAUUUCAGGCUUCAGUAGCUCACUCGAUUUAAUUAUUUUACAGCAACAUGCAAUGUACUUUUUCUGUCAAUCGUAGUGAUUUUUAUACUGCUCGUGUUAAAUUUAGGCCUUGUAGAUUAAAUUCCAAAGAAUAUUUUUGCAGAUUCACCGUCCAUUUUGUGAUUUUGACACUUAUUAAUCUUUUGUAAAACAUUAUAAAUUCCCUCAGAAAAUGUCAUUUUAAUAAUGUCAUUUUAAAAUGGCCUUCAAGAACUGCCUCGUUUUCCAAAACCACCUGUCACAUUUGAUCAAAAAUAAUAUACUGCAGCGAGAUCACCUUUAAACGUUCAGUUUAAAGUGUUUUGAAACGAUUCGUGUUUCUUUGUGAGUUUAACAAAGAAAGGAAGUUUGACAGGUACGUUCUUCAAUUGCUGGAUCAGUAAAUGCAUUUGAAGAGUGUGCAAGGGUAUUUUCAUGAGCCAUGAAUUUCUGAUACAUGAAUAAUCUUAAUCAUUUAGCCUCAUAUUUCAUUUUAAAUUACAGAACAGAAAGAGAAAAUGGAAAAAAUGCACGCAGCAGAAAAGCUGAAAAGAGAUAAAUUUCGUGGCGAGGUAUAAUUCUACCAAUAUUAUGCAUAAAAUAUGUGGUUUUGUAAUUAAAAAUUGUAGUAUGAUUUAGGCAAGCUUUCACUACAGCCGGUAGAUUGGCAAAAAACUUGAUGAAACAAGUUAUGAAUGUAAAAUGCAAGAUAUAUUUUAAAAGAGUCAAAAAUCAAAAAAAUUUAAAACACACCCUUUGGUGAUAAGAAUUUUGAGAAUUACAUGUAUACAGGGAAAAUUGUUUUGAAUAAGUUGGGCAAAAUGCAAAAUAAUGGGCAAAUAUCUUUCUGCCCCCUAUUUUUGCCCCUCCCAUAACGCUUAUGAUUCCUCCACUCUUUUCGUCAUCCCAAUGAAUCGUUGAUGAGUGCAGUUCUGAUAUACCACAAGCCUACUGCAGACACUGAAUUGCCAGAUACAUUACAGAUAUCACCGUGGGUGUAUGUGAACUAAACCAAAAUGUGACAUUCAAUAAUUGUGACAAAAAGUUCCUUGGUUUUGUUAUAUAUUUCAAGGUGGAAAAACAAGUGAAUGCUUUUAUGAAGGAUCCCAAUCAAAAGCAUUUCAAAUAUCCACCAAUGGAGAAAAUAGAGAGAAGUAUUAUGUAAGUUAAACAAUAUACAGUUACUGUAUAACAUAUGUUGUUUGUUUUUGCAGAAAACAGUGAUUACAGUAUCUAUCUAUUUGGCAAAGCGUUUGAUGAUCUGUAUGACUGUAGAUCUGCACCAUAUUAUUUUCACAGAUGAAGAUCAGGCCUUGUGGAUAGAAAUCUUUAAUGAUCAUCAGUCAGUGUAGUAUUUUCCACAGAAGCAGCACUUGGCUGUCAGGAAGUGUACCCCUCAAAACUGUCCCUUUUCUAGACUGAAAAUGGCCUUUUUUUCUAAAUUUAAAGUGUGCUUUACCAAUGAUAGGCAAAAUCAUCAUAAUUAUGACUUUCAGAUCAGAUAAAACUUGCAUCGAUGAAAAGGGACAUAUGUUGCAGGGACCUUAAAAAUCCAUUCAAUUUUUUUCUUAUGUGAGCAUGCACCUGCUUCUUCCACUUGUAUAUACCAUGAGAAUACUUGCAACUCCUCUUCAAAGAAAGGGCCUGGGUACUCCAAUGAAUAUAAUUUAGUUAACUUUACAUAUAUUUAUUACGGUAUGUUGUUUAGUCACGAUGUGGCUGAAAUAGCUGGAAUAACAUCUUAUUCCUUUGGGGAUGAAGGAAUUAACAAGCAUAUCAUUCUUUUUAAAAAGGUAAUGAAAUGUUGUAUAAUAAUUAUAAGGUCAGGCCAAAUGUAUUUUAAAAAUUACUACCAGAAAGGCAAGUUGUAAAUCCAGUUUGCUCAUUGUAGCGGUAUCUAAUAUAGUAUCCAGUAUAUUAUGUGAGAAAUGCUUUGGGAAGGCUGCCCUAACCUUGAAUUUUGAUGGACAUGAUUAAAUUGGAUGUGCGUUUUUGCUCCCCUUGUUAGCUAUUCGUCAGUUUAUAGUACAUGCUUCCAAGCUGUCAUUAUUUUUGUGUACAGUACUAUAGUGCCUUAAAGUACAGUAUUUAUACGUUGUACCUGAUUCUAUUGAAACCUUCUUUCCUAUGUAUUUUUUCUAAAAUUUUAAAAUGAUAAAAAAUAGUAUUCAAGUAUUUUCUGAACUGUGUGUUUUAUUCAUUCGUAAACAUCAAUCAUGAUAAUUUCCAAUGCAUUCACAACAUUGACAGCAACAAUCCAUGUCCAUCUCUUCAAAACAAUCACAAUUCUCUUCUAUAUCAAUUUUGCAAUAAGACAAAGUCUCGUACAAUGGACUGUCUUCACAAACGUCAAGCAAACAUUCGUCACUUUUCUCGUCUGUAUUAAAAUUUCCAGGAUUGCACAACGCACUUUCUUCACAAAAAUGAAAUAAACUCUUGUGUACAGACGCAGUUUCUUUGUCUAGGUUGGAACUUUUAUCUUGAUUUGUUUCCUGCAUUUCUCUUCCUUCGUGUUCUAAACAACAGCCGGAAUAUGCUGAAUCUUCGUUCAUUAACAAUCCUUUGUUACGACAAUCUUUAUCCAGAUAGAAUUCAUUCUCAUCUCCGGUGGAUAAACUUACAAUUUCAUACAAUCCACUGUCUUCACAAAUAUCGGAUAAACUCUCAUCAUUUUCCUUGUCUGAGUUAAAACUUCCAGUUUUAUACAAAUCACGUUCUUUGCAAAUGUCAAAUAAACACUCGUUGGUAUCUUCAUUUUUUUGGUUUAAGUUGAGACUUUCAUGCAUAUCUUCAUUUGUUUCUUGCAUUUCGAUGCUUUUGUCUUCUGGACAAUUUCCAGGAAACGUUGAAUACUCACUCAAAUGUUUUUCUAUAUCAGGAACGUCUUUAUCCCUAUUCAACUCAUUCUCAUCUCUGGUGGAUGAACUUUCAGUUUCGUACAAUGUACUGUCUUCACCAGAUUUAAUUUCAUGGUCUGAGUUACAAUUUUCAUUCAUAUCUUCAUUUUUUGCUUCCUCUUUGGUCCUUUCGUUUUCUGGAAAACAUCCAGUGAACGCUGAAUCUUCAUCUCCAUCAAAUAAAUAUUCAUUGUCCUGGUCAAUUACAAACAUGUGUUCAGGUGCGCAAUCAUUGUCAGGAAUUACAACCAUUUCUGUUCCUUCGCCCGAAAAGUUUUUAUCUAUGUUCAAAACAUUCUCCUUUGUGGAAGAUGGGAUUACCAAAUCUUCUCGAAGGUCAAUGGAAUUCGUGCUAUGCUUACUGAAACCUGUCUCUGUAAUUUCUAAACAACAUUCAGUGAAUCCUGAAUCAUUGUUCAAUGAUAGUCGUUUGUCAGAAACGCGCUUAUGCAUGUCGAAGCCAUCCUCAUUUGUGAAGGAUGAUUUUACCAAAUUGACUUCAAGGUCGAUGAUAUCUGUGCCGUCCUUGGUAAAACCCAUGUCUUCAGUCUCUGAGAAACACCCAUUUAAAUCUAGAUUAAAUUCAUUCAAUGUUUGCCCUUUGUCAUAAGUGUCUUUAUGGAUGUCCAAUUCAUCCUUUUUUGUUGUGGAUGAACUAACUAAAUUGAAUUCAAGGCUCCAUGGAUCCAAUGCAUUUUCAUGCACUUGGCUGUCUUCAAGGUCAAUGAAAUAUGACCUAUCCUUACUGAAACUUGUGUCAUCACUUUCUGGAGAGGAGGAUUCGAUGAAAUUUGAAUUUUCAUUCAAUGAUUGUUUUUUGUCUAGAACAUCUUCAUCUGAAGCAAUUUCAUUCGAAUUGUUUUCAAAUCCAAUGAAAUCUGUACUAUGCUUGUAGAACCCUGCCUCUUCCAUUUCUGAACAACACCCAGUGAAAAUAAGGUCUUCAUUUAAUGAUUGUUCUUUGUGCUGAACGUCCUGAACUAUGUCCAACUGUUUUUCGCUUGUAGAAGAUGUCUGCUCCCUCACUGAACAAUAUGCAGUAAAAAUUGAAUCUUCAUUCAAUAGUUCUUUGUCAGGAACAUUUCGAAGCAUAUCCAUUUCAUUCUCAUUUGUGAUAGAUAAACAUUCCAAACUCUCUUCAACGUUGAUAGAAGCUGUACUGUGCUUGCCAGUAGCAUCAUCAGCUUUAUCAAGUUCAUUUUCCAUUUUGGUACUUUCGUUAUUCGCUCCAAGGUCUGUACUUUUGGGAUCAAAGUUUUUUCCUCUGUUGUCUGGAAUGCAUCCGGUGCAACGCGAUUCCUGAUUGAAUGCUUGCUCAUCUUCUGUAUUAUUUUUAACUGGACCCAAGUCAUUGUUAGUUUUGGUCGAUGGUAUUUCAAUAUUCCCAGCAGGAUGAAUAAAGGCCUUGCUAUGCCUGUUUUCAUCUGCUUUCUCAUUCUUUGUAAGACAUUGAAUUAAAGUUGAUUCCUCGUUGAGUGUGUGCCCACUAAAAUUAAGAUCUUUGACUACAACCAAGUCAUUGUCAUCUGUAGCGAAUAUUUUCCCAACUUUCUCUUGGGGAUCAAUGAGAUAUGUGCUUUCUCUGUUUAAAUCAGUUCCCACAUUCUGUGGAUAACAUUCAACGGAAGUAGAUAAAUUCUCUAACAAUGGUUGCUCUUUAUCGGUACGUUCUUGACCUGCAUCCAUGUUACUGUUGGUACACUUUACGUCCUUGUGAGGAUCAAUUAAUUCGUUGCAAUGUCCGUUUUCAUCUGUUCUCUCAUUCUCUGACAAACAUCCAGCGAAAGUUCUUGAUUCCUCUUGCAACUUUUCUCCUUCAUUAGUGAUUUCUGUGCCUAUAUCCAUGUUAUUCACAUUUUCCUGAGGAUUAACGAAAUCUUCACUCAGUUCCACGAAUGCUUUCCUCACAUUUUCUGAAAAACAUACACUUACAACUAAUUUUUCGCAACUCCUUGCAUUCUCUUCAACUUCAACGAAACGUUUAGUAGAUAUAGUUGAGCUUUUCUUCAUGCUAUCAGUGAUGUUGACGCUAUCCCUCGAGCAUUGCUUACGAUCUGCACGUUCCAGAAAACGUGACCUUUUUUCACCGAUUAUUUCUGUAUUAAAAUCCAAACAUUCUUUUGUACUUUCGACAUCAUUUUUAUCGCAGCAUUUUGAUAUUUCACUUUGGCGUUCUGUCGAACUUUGUUCUUGUGUUGAAUUUUCCUUGCUUGUUUCAGUGGUUAAACUAUCUUCUUGGUUUUUCCUGUUGCUAUCAGUUGUGUUGCUUGUGCGAUGUUUCUCUCCACUGUUCGUUUCCAAUUUUUUCUUGAUUUUGCCUACUUGUACAGCUCCUUGACUCUUUGUGUGAUGAGCAACUGGCUCUAAAAUAAAAACAAGAAAACAGUACGAUAACAAGUUGUUGGAACAACUUAUAACAAGUCUGUUGAGCUCAACAAUCUUGUAGCAAGUUGACAACAUGCCGUUGACAACUUGUCAAAAUGAUAGGAACAAGCAUUGCGAACACAUCAUGUUGACAAAUUGUCGGAACAGCAUUGCUACAAAUCUGCUGCAGGUUUUAUGUGUGUCUUUAAAAGUUUUCCUGUUCUGCUGUUCACUUCUUUGAUUUCUAAUUUCAUUCUUACUUUUUAAAGCAGUAACCCCAGGGCUCAACUUCUCUUGAUUUGUUUCUUGUGACUUCUUGCUUAACGUUGUUUCCUCAAAUUUUGCGUUGCCCUGCUUGCUCUUCGGAUUGCGAACAUUUUCGUGGCCAUUUUUCCAGCCGGUAUGUCCAGCACAGUUGCCCAUGUAUAGCCGUGUUCUCUGGGCAGGGUAAACGUUUUCAUUGAAUGGUUUGGGGUUGAUUUUGGUUUAGUUUGAUGAUGUUGAUGGUCAUUUCUGCAGUUCCCAAACCAAUUAAAUUAUGACGUCAUAAUUGAGCGUUAGAUUUGCCACACCACUGGCCUGUCGUGCAGGCGCAAGCAUUGUUUCAUGGGGUCAUCAGUGAUCUCUGUAUGAAACUGGAGCAAUAUCUUGAGAACUGGAGCAAUAACUGAUAACCCUUACGACCUUUAGGGAGGACAAUUUAAUCAAAUUGAUGUAGAGCUAUCUAGUAUAAAUAUAGUUAUUUUGGUAUUUGUAAAAAAGCCAGUUCUAGACAAACAGAAUACGUAUCCAAAAUUUAAUUUGUUGUUUCUUGAAUCUUGUUUUUAAGGAGUUUGCACCAACCGAAGAAGAACUAACAGUUCUCAAGAAAGGCGAGGUGAAGGCCGCUUCUAAACUAGACUGUAAAUGUAUAAACUUACUGUAUAUGCCCCUUGCCACUCAGUUCAUUUGAUACAAAAUUUAGCUUUAGCCAAUCCCACAACCUAUGUUUACAAUAUAAACAGUGGUAGCAAGGUAGCAACGCGUCUGGGUAGGGCCGUAGUAACCGGCGGGGGAGGGGUAGAGAGAGUUGUAACACUCCCCCCCCCAAUAUUUGUUCAUGAUUAAUUUCAGGUAAAUUUCUAGAUUAUUUGAGCUGAUUUUUAGGUAAACUAUAACAGCAUUGACAGGCUAACCUAGCUGAGAAUGCAAAGUUUCAGUUGCAUUUCCUGGCUUUCUGAGGGUCUACACCCCGAGUCGAUAUUCCUGAGUAAGAAAUGUUUACACUUUGAUCAAUUAAACUGUACUUUAUCUAUCGAAACGUCAUUAGUAAUAAACCAUGCCCUUCCGUAUUCAUUAAAACUUUAUUUUCAAUUUGUGAGGUGAAAUCUUAAACCAAAGAGUUGUAUUAUUUUCUAGGGGUACGACCCAGAAAAAAUAAAACAUGCAUUGGAAGAAAAGGUAAUAAUUAAUGAUAGAAACAAAUACUUCGACCUUUCGACUAUUUUUGUCGAAUCUUCUAACGAGUUACUGAAGCUGCGUGCUGGUUUUGUAGAAAUUGAAAGCUUCCAGUUCUCAAGAGAGAUCGAGAUCUACGACAGUCCAGAAACCCAGAACAAACUAUAAGGAGAAGUACGAGCGACUCAUUGGUAAAGAAAGUGGGAAAGAUAGCGCAAGGCUGACUGUGACUAAUAAUACUUUUGGUUGUGGUAAGCCAUAUUUAAUGUUAUUCACAUUUUGCAAGGAACUUACAAAUGAGUUACAUUCGCAGUGCGUGUUUUAUCAGACCUAAAGACACUCGGCUUCGCCUCGUAUCUUUAUAUCUGAUUUAUAUCUGAUAAAACACUGCUGCUCAUGUUUUAAAUAGUACAUACAAGAUUCCGAUAUACUGAAGCUAUUUUGAUAAAAAUUCCUCUCCGUAAACACGGAAAAUGCCCUUCUGGGGCUCUGCAAAUGCAAAUGUUUUUUCUUGGUCACUAUGCCCCAGAUUCCCUUCAGUUGAGUCCCCCAAUAACAAUUUACUUUCGACGGUACUGUUUAGUGAACAGCUAUUUCUUUAUUUCAGUACCAAGCGAGAAUAAAAAAGAUGUACGUUCUAUAGAAGAAACGCUGAAUGAUAUCCGAGCAAAAAAACGACAGAAGACGACGAACGACGAUGACGCGCCGAAGUCGAGCGAUGAUGCUGUCGAAUAGGUGAACACUUAUAAACAGUACUAAAAGCAGCGCGAGGGUGUAUGCAGGUAAACCUAAAAGAGGGCAGAUCCACAGCACCAUUACCGUAUACAUGUACUGUAUAAACGAUUUUCAGUGUAACAGUCGAGUAAAAUGUACUUAAUAGAAAAUUAUUUGAUAUUGCUUCACAAUUGUUAGGGAGACACAAGAGUGAAUAUUGCAAUUUUGACAGACCCAAUCAUUCAUAUUACUAUAUUUUACAAGUUAAAUAUAACAACUAGCACUACUUUUAUCUUAAUUAUAUUUACAUUUGUAUAAUGUUAUAAAUAUAUUGACUAUACUUAUCGUACCUUUUUUGCAUAUACUACCACUACCCCAUGUGAUACAAAAAUAACCUUCACAGUCUUAAUCCAUAGUUGAAGGGGUAUAUUGUUUUAGAUUGUAGUAACAUUUUAAUCACGUACAACCUGCACUCUAAUGUAUUGUUACUUGUGUUAGGUUGGUAAUAUACGACUAAGUACAUUGGUCUUGUAGGCCUACUGGCAAAACAUUUGAGAAGUUUAUACUAAUCUGUUUAGAAUCAAACGUUUAGAGAUAUCUUUGUAGCGCCGUUGUGUUUCUCUUUCAUAAACUGCAGAAACUUAUUUCUUUCGUGUUCUUUCAUCACUUCAUUCAGAGCAUAAAUCUAUAAAGACGUAGAAGAAAAACAAUAAUCUAAAAUGUAAAAGG